CUCGACGACUGUGGUCGGCCUCCGCCUACAUUAGAUUAAUGUUAAUUUACAAAAAAUGGCAGUUGUAUUGAAAAGUGGCCUAUACAUAGUAGCAGCAAAACGUACGCCAUUUGCAAAAAUGGGGAGAGAGUUUAAAGACAUUCAUCCUUCAGAACAAUUUGCGAUUGCAGCAAGGGAGGCUUUUAAAACGUGUCAUCUGUCGCCUGAUCUAAUUGACACCGUUAAUGUGGGACAAGUUUAUACGAUAAGUGGUUCAUCGGAUGGCAUUCUAACUCCUAGACAUUCUGGCCUAAGGUCCGGGAUACCAUAUGACAGACCAACUCUAGGAGUCAACCGAUUAUGUGGAUCAGGCUUUGAAGCUAUCAUUAAUAGUGCACGAGAUAUACUCUAUGGACCCGCCCAAAUCUCUCUAGCAGGAGGAACAGAGAACAUGUCAGCGAUACCGUUCUUAGUCAGAGGAUUCCGUUUUGGCACACAGCUCGGCAAGCCUAUGGAUUUUGAGGACUAUUUAAAGGCAGGCUCUGUGGAUUCUUAUUGCAAUCUUAGUAUGGCACAGACAUCAGAAAACCUGGCAGAUAUGUAUAAGCUAAAGAGAGACCAGGUGGACGAAUAUGCUAUGAAAUCACAAAUGAAGUGGAAAGCAGGUUUCGAUGAUGGUGCUUUUGAAGCAGAAAUCGUACCAGUAACAGUAGUGAUAAAUGGUAAACAAGUGGUGGUGGAUAAAGACCAGCACCCACGGCCAAAUACCACAAUGGAAGCUCUCAGUAAACUACCAGCAUUGUUCCGAGAAGGAGGAGUUGGCACGGUUGGCAACUCUACAGGUGUCAACGAUGGUGCAGGAGUUCUUAUAGUUGCAAGUGAAGAAGCAAUCAAACAACAGAACUUGACUCCACUGGUGAGAUUGGUUGCUUGGUCUCAUGCUGGAGUGGAACCGAGGAUCAUGGGAUUGGGACCUGUUCCCGCUAUAAAACAGUUGCUGAAAGCUACCGGCUUUACGAUGGAUGAUAUAGAUAUGAUCGAGCUUAAUGAGCAGUUCGCGGCCCAGGCUUUAGCCAAUGUAAUAGAGAUGGACCUCGACCAGACCAAGCUCAACAUGAACGGAGGUGCCAUCGCUGUAGGACACCCUGCUGCUGCUUCUGGAGCUCGGAUAGCUGCGCAUCUUGCACAUGAGCUUAGACGCAAAGGUCUAAAGCGAGGUAUCGGUGCUACGUGUAUUGGAGGAGGUCAGGGCAUCGCUGUUCUACUCGAGACAGUGUGAAUGACAGGAAAUUGAAUAAAAUCUAAUACAUACAAUGUAAAUACGCUAGAAUCCGAUUAACUUUUUGUCAAUGUAAUUCAGGACUAAGUUACGUGCAUGCAUUUUAAUAGUGAUUAUUUAUUAUCAAUUGAGUAAUAUUUUUGUACCAUAACAACUAAGUUAGGUAUCUUGGCUUUUUUAUGAUUCACGUAAUGUGUGUCUUAUUUUUAUUGUCGAAGGGUUAAAUAAAGGUGAGUGAGAAAGUGAGAAGUUAGUUCCUUGUAUUAUUUAAUUGAAAUACAAUUAGUUGUAAGAUUUCUAGAAUAGCAUAGAAUGGAGGUAUUCGGUAUGUAUAUCCUUACUAUCCUUACUAUAAUAUUAUAAAUGGGAAAGUGA